CACACACACACACACACACACACACACACUAAGCUCUCCACACACACACCCUGGGCUGAGCGGUUCUGCCGGUUGCAGCCCUGGGCCCCUGCUCACCGUGCUGCCACUGCCUGCGAAAUGACGGCGGUUCCCCUCACUUCCAGGAAUCCACGCUUCCUGGAAGGUGAGUGGCUGGGCUCACCCCUGCCUGCCACCGAGACGCAGACAUGCACACACCACCCGCACUCCCUCGCCGUUUCCAAGGCGGCGGCAGCGUUCGCACCCCAGGGUCUCACCGGCAAGGGAAGGAUAAUCUGGAGAGGGAUCCCUCAGGAGGGUGUGUUCCGGAUUUCUUGCCUCAGGCCCAGGACUCCAACCAUUUUAUAAUGGAAUCUUUAUUUUGUGAAAGUAGCGGGGACUCAUCUUUGGAGAAGGAGUUCCUCGGGGCCCCAGUGGGGCCCUCGGUGAGCACCCCAAACAGCCAGCACUCUUCACCAAGCCGCUCGCUCAGUGCUAACUCCAUCAAGGUGGAGAUGUACAGUGAUGAGGAGUCAAGCAGACUGCUGGGGCCAGAUGAACGGCUCCUGGAUAAGGAUGACAGUGUGAUUGUGGAGGACUCAUUGUCGGAGCCCUUGGGCUACUGCGAUGGAAGUGGGCCAGAGCCUCACUCCCCUGGUGGCAUCCGGCUACCCAACGGCAAGCUCAAGUGUGACGUCUGCGGCAUGGUCUGCAUCGGACCCAAUGUGCUCAUGGUACACAAGCGCAGCCAUACUGGGGAGAGGCCCUUCCACUGCAACCAGUGUGGUGCCUCCUUCACACAGAAGGGGAAUCUCCUGCGCCACAUCAAACUGCACUCUGGGGAGAAGCCCUUCAAGUGUCCCUUCUGCAACUACGCCUGCCGGCGGCGCGACGCACUCACCGGCCACCUCCGAACACACUCAGUCUCCUCUCCCACAGUGGGCAAACCCUACAAGUGCAACUACUGUGGCCGGAGCUACAAACAGCCAAGUACCUUGGAAGAGCACAAGGAGCGAUGCCACAGCUACCUCCAGAGUCUCAGCACUGAGGCGCAAGCUUUGGCUGGCCAGCCAGGUGAUGAAAUACGUGACCUGGAGAUAGCACCCGACUCGAUGCUGCACUCAUCCGAGAGGCCAACUUUCAUUGAUCGCUUAGCCAACAGCCUCACCAAACGCAAGCGUUCCACCCCACAGAAAUUUGUAGGUGAGAAGCAGAUGCGCUUCAGCCUCUCUGAGCUCCCCUAUGAUGUGAACCCUGGAGGUGGCUAUGAAAAGGAUGUGGAGCUUGUAGCCCACCACAGCCUGGAGCCUGGCUUUGGAGGUUCCCUAGCCUUUGUGGGUACAGAGCAUCUGCGCCCCCUCCGCCUCCCACCCACCAACUGCAUCUCAGAACUCACACCUGUCAUCAGCUCUGUGUACACUCAGAUGCAGCCCCUCCCCAGCAGACUGGAGCUUCCAGGAUCCCGAGAAGCAGGUGAGGGACCUGAGGACCUGGGAGAUGGCGGUCCCCUCCUUUAUCGGGCCCGAGGCUCUCUCACUGACCCGGGGGCAUCGCCCAGCAAUGGCUGCCAGGACUCCACAGAUACAGAGAGCAACCAUGAAGAUCGGAUUGGCGGGGUGGUAUCCCUCCCUCAGGGUCCCCCAACUCAACCUCCUCCCACCAUAGUUGUGGGCCGGCACAGUCCCGCCUAUGCCAAAGAGGACCCCAAACCACAGGAGGGGUUAUUGCGGGGCACUCCAGGCCCCUCCAAGGAAGUGCUUCGGGUGGUGGGUGAGAGCGGCGAGCCGGUGAAGGCCUUUAAGUGUGAGCACUGCCGCAUCCUCUUCCUGGACCACGUCAUGUUCACCAUCCACAUGGGCUGCCAUGGCUUCAGAGACCCUUUUGAGUGUAACAUCUGUGGUUAUCACAGCCAGGAUCGAUAUGAGUUCUCUUCCCACAUUGUCCGGGGGGAACAUAAGGUGGGCUGAGACCCUUUCCCCUCGCCUGCCCUCAGCCCCGACACCGCUGUCCCCCUACAGGUGUCUAGCCCAGUUUUUAUUAUGCUCUAAGGAAUUGUGCAUCGUGGCCCCAUCCACGACCACCUCACUGCACACUUGACUCUGACCCUCUUUACCUGUCUCCUUCUACCCACACUGAUUUAAGCAUCGUGACAAGACAAGUCUUUUGCUUAUAUUUAUCCCUCUAAACUCCUCUUUUCCUGGCCUAUUUCCUGUUUAUUAAUGACUUUUCCUUGGCCUUUUUUAAAAUUUGCUUCAAUCUCUGGCCACUCCUUCACUCUUCUGUCCAUGGCUCCCUUGGGCUCUAAGUCUAGAUUUUUUUUUUCUUGUGGAUCCCAGAUCCUCCAGCAGCUCCAGGGGUUGGAAGCUCCUCUUUGUACUAAGAGAUGUUGAGCUUCUUGCUUUAAUCCUCACCUUGCUUUUCUGACUCUUCACUCUUGAUGCUGAUACCUCCCAAUGGCUCCACUUUAGCUCUGUGGCAUUAUGAACUUCUCUCUGGGAACCUUCAACCCGGUACUCCAUACCUCUUGUGCCCUCUCACUUUAGGCAGCUUGCACUAUUCUUAAAUGAAGAAUUUCCUCAUUCGGAGGUAGGAGGGGGCUGUGAAAACUCUCCCAGGCACUGUGGACUGAGGGUCCUCUUGACCUCACCUGGGAACACCAGCUCCCUAAAGCCUGCAUUCAGGAUUGCCCUCCAGGAUGUGAUAUCACUCUUCCCUCUCCCUGUCUCUCCCCUCAACACCACUCUGGUCUCAACUUGCCACUCCCCUCAGUGGCAGCUUUUCUCUCCUUGAAAUGCCCCCAAUUUUAUACUCUCAGGGGCUAAAGCUAGGCCUGCAGCCGUCCAUGUGACACACUGGGAGCCACAGGUGCCUAGCUGAGAACCAGGGCAUGGAAAAGGGGGUGGGUAGAAGUCUCUCCUCCACCUUUCAAACUCUUUCACUCCAGUGACCUUGCUAGGCUGUCAGGGACUCCUGUCCCUGUUUGAUGAGAAACUGGUGGGUUGCUGCCCAACAGCCAGGGGUCUCAGCCUCAUAAGUCACGCUGCCUUUUUCCUCUCCCUUCCAGCAGGAUUCACCGUCUCAUUCCCAAGCUCCUGGGCCCUGUUAUUGUCAAUGGCAAGGAGAAAGGAAUGUCUCUUUUCUCUCUGCUAAUUUUCAGUAUAACCAAAAAUUGUACCAGGACCAAUGACAUAUAUGUGCCCUUCGACCAUCCCACCCUUGUCCCAGCAAAUGGGCUGGACACAGCUAACUGGGAGUCAUCCUUCACUGCCCUCCAUCUCAGCUCCAGACACAGGGCAGGAGAGGCACCUUUCUCCGGUGGUUGAUCUCUAUUUGGGUAAUCAAGGAUUCAUGAGACCAUGCAGGAGAAGGCAUAGCUCCACUGCAUGUGGAAGGCUCAGUCUACAAACAGUUCCCUGCCAAGGCCACAGCCAUCCACGCUCUGCUUCUUUGAGAUUCAAACCAAAGGCUGUUUUUCUAUGUUUAAAGAAAAAAGAAAAAAAAAGUAAAAACUAAACACAACACCUCAUAAGUUAUUAGGCUCAGUCUCUCUUCCUUUCCUUCCAUCUUCUUUCCACCUGCUCUCUUUCAUCAGCUCUUUUGCCUCUCCCUACUUUCCUCACUCCCUAUUAGAGGAUUAGAUAUUGAGAGGCAAGAAGGGUGGGCUAGAUCAGAACCUGGGACUCCAGCUCUUAGGUACACUCUGGAGACAGUCUACUUUCCCCUAUCAUGCGAAGGGUGGGAGGUGAAAAACACUUCUCUUCUUCCUUCUCCUGCAUUACAUGGUUUCCCAAAAGGACCAGAUAGGCAGAGAGAAGCUUUGUGGGACGGUUCUUCCUCCUUGACAAUGUAGCAAUAAACAGGUGCUGCCAAAGGCAGAGAAUGGCGUAUGAACUCUAAAGGGAGUUGUCCAAAGAGAAGGGAAGGGUCUUGGCUGCAGAACCUUGGCACCAACUUCUUCUUGGGAUGGCAGCAGAGCUGAGGUUAGUGUCUGAGCUUCUCCUGAAAUAUUUGGGUUAUUGGGCCUCUCCCAUUAGGCUUGCUCCCACCUCUUCUGUGUCUGCCAUGUAUUUGGGGAUACCUCAGAAGGACGCUGAGGCAUUAGAGCCUUAGAGUGCCCCAUGCCUCCCUCCAUUCAGUCAGCCUCAGCACCUGUGACCUCCCAGGAACACAAAGGACUGUGCUCCUCCCUCUGAGGCUAGACAUCAUGCCAUGAGAGCAGAGACAAGACCAGGUGCUAGGGAGGAGAGGGACAUCCUGUCUCUCUCCAGCCCAUCACUGCACUUUAACCAGGAUCUUAGGUACAAAAUCCUACUUUUCAGAGCCUGCCAGCUCCAGAACCUCAAAUAUCCUCAUGCUCUCUCCCAACUCCUUUUGCAUAAAAGAGAGAGAAAGAAAAAAAUUAACAAAAAACAAAACGCCAAAACCCACACAGAGAAAAGAGGUGUUUUCUUUUUUAUUACUGUUCAAAAACAUCACAAAAAACUGGGGGGAAGGGAGAGAAUUUCUAGACACUUUUCCAGACCUGUGUGUAUGUGUGUGUCAGUGUCCAAGCUGCAGGUAGAAUUUUGUAAUACUUCUGGCAGCUUCUUUCCUUGUGUACAUAAUAUAUAUAUACACACAUAUAUUUUUAAUCAGAAAUUAUGAAAAUCAAAAUAGAAUAAACACAGAAGCAAGUGCAAUACCACCUCUUCUCCUUCUCCCCAGGAUUCCUUUGUAGCUGUUUGGUGACCCUUUGACCCUUGACUCUUUACUCUUCCAAUUUCUUACCUAUCCUCCCCUCCCUCUUUUUAAAAGGAGUUUUUCUCCCUUUUCAAAGGGAGUUAAACCUGCUUUUGAGACUUACUGCAGAGCGUUUUGUAUAUGUAAUAUACUGUAAGUAAAUAUUUGUGUAAUGGAGAAAUACUACUGUAAGUUUUGUACUGUACUGGCUAAAGGUCUGUUAUAAAUAAACAUGAGUAAUUUAAC